GGAUCGAUAUCGAACGAGCCUAAUCCGAUCACGUUUAGAGAUUCAGAAAUUAAAGAUUUAAUCUUCUUUUUUAUACAAGGAUUUUUACUCUAAAUUUUUUUGAUUAAAAUUAUUUUAAAAAGAUUUUUCUAAUGAUGUAGUUUAUAAAUAGAACAAUCAUAAGGAAAACAUUAUUUCAACCUCGUACACUCAAGCUGUGCAGUUUCCAAAGCAACGCUGCUAUCUCUGUGAGAUUAAUACACAAAAUCACAAAUUUAGGACGAAUUUGAGAGAUUUUAAAAUGUCAGAUUACGACGAUCAAGAGUACGACGAGGAUCAAGAAGGGGUUGAUGAACCUGAGAUCGGCCAAGAAGAAGGAGGGGAUGAAGAAGAAGGAAAUGAACAAGAACAGGAAGAAGAAGAGAAAAUUCCAGAGGUUCUUUUAACAGAAGAAGUGAUAGCAGAGAAUCUUUCUUUACUCUGCAAAACUGGAAAUGGCUUAGCACAUGCUUAUGUCAGACUAGACGUGAAAGAGAGAGAAGUCACAGAUAUUAGCAUCCUGAGUCGCUACAUCCAUCUGAGGUACAUAGACCUUACACAGAACAGCCUCCGUGACAUUUCACCUCUCAGCUCUCUGACGCAUCUCUUGACCUUAAACUGCGACCGGAAUCUUCUGACAUCAGCCAAGCUAGAUGAGUUACCAUACUUACAGGUGGCAAGUUUUGCCAAUAACAGAAUACAAACGACAGACGGCAUCAACCAUCCGUUAUUAGAAUCACUGAAUCUAUCUUUCAAUGAUAUCAGUUUGGUGAGCGGUCUUCAGCCGUCAAAGCUGAGCAAGCUUCACACGUUGGAAUUACGGGGAAACAAAUUAACAAGCACAGAAGGAAUUUACCUGCCUAACCUCAAGAAUCUCUUUCUGGGGGCUAACAUGAUCACAAAACUGGAGGGACUGGAACGGUUAGAGCACCUCACCACCCUUCAUCUCCGUGACAACCAGAUCGAGUCGCUGGACGGCUUCUCCGAGUCAAUGAGGAACCUACAGUAUAUUAAUAUGAGAGGAAACAAUGUCAGCAUCAUCAAGGAGACGGCCAAGAUGAAAUGCCUGCCUAAGCUUCGAGCCUUGAUUCUGUCAGAGAAUCCAUGCGCAGAUGAUGAUGAAUACAGAAUGGAGGUUCUGAUCAAUAUUCGGAGAGUAGAACGUCUUGACAAGGAUGAGUAUAACGAGGAAGAGAGGCAGGAGGCAGAAGAAAUCUAUGAGCAGAGGAGAGCAGAAGAGCUUGCUGCUGGAGAGGGAGCAGAAGAAGUCAUACACUCGGAUGGGGAAGAUGCCUGAUACGUUUCCACUUCAAAAACGAAACGUUAACACUGCUCCAUGUGGGAACAUACCUUUAUCCGUCCAGGGAACAGUUAGAUUUCAUAUACUAUUGUUCAACUAUUCGUCAAAUGUUGGUGGGUAGGCAAAAGCUUGAAAAAUUGCCCCCUCAAUAACUUCAAGCAUUCCAUAGUAUUGGGGACAAAUUCCAUUAGUACACUGACUUAUGUGUACUUUAGUAUUCAUCUCUGACACAUCUGUAAGUCUGGUAAUACUAUAGUCAUUCAAAAUUAAUAAUUUUUUUUUUUUUUACAUAAAAUGCUCAACAGUUUAGUAUUCAAUUCACUAUUUAAGACUGGUAUUCAACUGCAUGAAUGUCAGAAUACUAAGCUAACUUUGGUAUUUGCCGCUAGAAAUUUGUUAAGUAUUUUUGAAAAUUUAAGCAGCUUUGCCCUUAAUUUAUCAGUAAGCUACCCUUCUCUGAUUCUGAUCGCCAUACAAUCAAACUUUCCCAUGGGGCAUGUUUCAUAAAACUCUUCUUAAUGUUACAAAUGACUUUAUGAAUGAUUAAAAUAUGGAAAGUCACAAACUUUCUAAAUUAUUUUAUGUCAUGUGAGAGUAGCUAAGUUGACAUAUUUGUUGAUUAACAUUUUUAUGCUUCAGUACUUAAAUUACAAAACCAAUAUUUGAUUUCCUAUGAGAAAUCAUUUGAAUUAUAGUCAACUUUUGUAAAAACAUCAAGAAAACUAUUGGCUCACAUUUGGCACUUCAUACUAUUACCUGCAACAAACCCCAAAUUUGGCCAGACUUGCUGACACUGAUGAAGAUGGACAUUCAACUAAAACACAAAAAAAGGCAUGAUGACUUUACAAGACAAGAUUGAUUUAAGAAAGGGGUCUUAGGAGGUGAUGAUUUAAAAUUUGCAAAUGAAACAGCUCAAUUUUAAUUACACAAAGUCAGUGCAAGAAUGAGGUCAGUUCCAAAUUCACAGAUUAAUAAAAAAAACUUAUGAUUAAUUCUGAACCUAGAACAUACUUGAAACCUAUUGUAAGUUUGUUGCAAUACCCUUAUAGAAGAUUAUUUAUUAAGUGAUCAAGGUCAACUGUACUUUAAUUUCAUUGUGUGUGAAAAAGCAUUCAGAUUAUCAAAAACACAAUUUUUGUAAAUCACUCAUUAAAUCUGAAUUCUUAAAGGUCAUUGAUAAUGAGUAUAGACUAUAAAUAUUUGCCAAGAUUUUUAUCCAUCUUUUGAUCAUUUCAAAGUAAAAUACAAUACAUGUAAAGAAGAAUAUUAAUUAUUAACUAUGUAUAUCACACCAACAUUGCUCUGCAUUGAAUAAGACAAAUCAGAUUUUUUUCAAGAGCCCUUUUAUUGCUAACUGCAAACAAUAACCACCAUAGUGAACUUUGGCUUUAAUUAUUAAAGGUAUAAAAAAUGCCUAAAUGAUUUAAUCAAUUUAUUGCUAUCAACUUUUCACAAUAUUUGUAUAUAUUAUAUGUAAAUGAGAAGCUUAUAUGUUUUGAAUUACAUUGUAAAUAUUUCUGUGUGUAAUUUGUCGAUAUGUACAUUUCAUUAAAAUAUGUAGAAACAUA